AGGAUACGAAAAAUGUCAAAGAACUUAUUUGCUAAGGCAGUGCAAGAUGCCGCAUCGGGAUCCGAAGGUGGACCAAGUAGUUUUAGAGUGAAUACCUUUAAAUAAACACGUAAAUUAGUACAUGAUUAUGAAGAAAUAUGGUCUUCAACUAGCACCACUGCUUGAGGAUUUGAGAUUUCCUGGAGGGAUAAGAGUACAAUUUUGAGGGAAAGAUAAGCAAACAAGAGGACAGUCUUUCCGCGGCCAUUAUAGAGGCAGAGGCAGGAGUACAGGCAGAGGCCGCGGUAGCAGCCAGCAAAGGAGUUUUCCUCAUCCCAGGUCUCACUUAGUUGAUGAUGAUGAGGACAUUGACAUGGAUGCAGGACGUCAAAGAUCAGUUGCAAGAUUCAAUCCAUAUCAAGGCAGACCUUCCUCACAUCGAGGUACCAGGGGGAGUAGAAAUAGAGGUGAUGUUAAGUCUAGAUUAUGGACAGCCCCUACUGGCAGAGCAGGGAAUAAAGUGGACUGGUUCAAAGUUGUGAUCCUCCAGGGAAAGAAACAUGAUAAAGAAUGGCUAAUAAGGAAACUUCAGAGUGCAUGUGAAGAGGCCUUUCAACCAGUUCAGUUUCACUACUUCAGAGGAGAGAGUGCAGCAUUCUUUGUAGAAGGAGGAAAAGUUGCAGACGCUCUAAAGAAAGUUAGUCACAAAAUAACAGUAAAGGAUGGAUCAAAGCUCAUAGUAAGUGUUCGUCCAAGUGCACCACCUCAUAACCCAUCAAGUGCAAGUGUUUUUCAUGGCAUGGCUGAUGAUUUAAGUGGUGAAGGCAGUGGUUCCUUGAAUGAUGAUACCAAACAAGUUUUGAAGGAGUGUCUCAGCAAGCGUUAUGAUUUUCCAACUAAGACACUUAAUCUCUCUGACAUGUUUCAUGAUGAAGUGCUGAAUGCAAGCAAUGUACAAGGCAUACUGUCUAGGCAUUGGAUGGCAUCAGGAAUUGUGAGACUUAUUGGAGAGAAUUGUCCAGAGGUGCAGUCACUUGAUUUAAGUAACAAUAGACUUAAAAGCUUGGAUGGCUUUAAGGAUCUUGCAAAACAAACAUCAAACCUUAAGCACCUUAAGAUUUCUAAUAACCAGCUUAGAGCAGUAGAAGACCUGGACAAGAUUAAAACGUUGACUCAGCUUGUUACCAUACAGCUUGAUGGCAAUCCUUUAUGUGACAUGUUUCAAGACAAAGAAAGCACCUAUAUCAAUGCUAUCAGAAGCAGAUUCCCCAAGGUUAAUUCUCUGGAUGGCCAUGAACUUCCCCCUCCGAUAGGAUUUGACCUUCCUUCUGAAGAAUCUCUUCCUUCAUCAAAGGAAAGUUUCCUUGGUGAUCCUGCAAUUAAAGACUUGGUACUAAAAUUCCUUGAGCAGUAUUUUAAGGUCUAUGACACAGAAGAUAGACAGGGUCUCCUAGAAGCCUACCACGAUCAGGUUAGUUGGUAAAGUGAAUGAGUGUAACCAAUGUAAUCGUUAGCAGGGCAGCUAGCCAGACAUACAAGGCAUGGUAAACUGUUACCAGUGUUCCAAGUUAUGCAAAAAUGGAAAACAUUUAAUUUUCAAAUUCCUUUUAUCCUAAAUACGACAACCUCUCUAAGCGAAUGUACACAUGUUAGUACAUUUAGCUCAACCUGACUUAUUCAAAAAUUGUACAAAGAUCUAACUGGAAGCGAUACCUAUUUGUGCUUGUGGAUGUCUUUGUGGGAAAGAGGGUUGUUGUGAUGACCAUAUUGUUGUUUGGACAUAGCUUGACAAAGCCCUCCCCAUUUUGUGACCUUUUCCUGUGCAGUCUGUGAUGGCAUACCACUUCUUCUUUGUCAUCUUGCUGUUCCCUGACCUUUGCAUUCGAGCCCUCUAUCAAGAGCACUAUAUUGUGUUUGGUUUGUGUUUUUGUUUUGUCAAUGAUGGGUUUCACCUGCUCAUAAAAGUGAAGACAUUCUUUGCAUCAUUUAUUGGGGCAUAUACUUAAACAGUGGUAGUUCCUGAUAUUGAAUGAGUUUAACUUUGCUGUGAUGAUUGAAUCAUUCACUGGUGACUAAGAGAGAACACCUGCUUUCAGAGUUAUGUACAUAAGCAACAUUUUACGAUCAUCUUUUGACUUACGAUCUUUCGACAUACUGUGUAACCAGGCCUGAAUAUGCUCGUUUGUUCAACCUGUCCAAAUUGGAAAAUGGUGAAGGAUCUGUCGGAGGAUUUGCGUUGGCAGGUGAUAUAUCAUUGGUAUAUUUAUGGUUCUUCAAUCAAGGAAACUCAACGAAGGCUAUUUGUUUCAAAACGCUUUGUUUCCAACAUAAGAGUAUUGUAUGAGAGGACCAAGAAUGUAAAGCAUGCAAUGAGAAGGGAAAGACAAAGAGUGCUGUCUUGUGAGUAUCAAAUCGUGCUACUCAAGUUUUCGAAGGCAUUUUUCAGUGCUAUCAAGACUGAAGGAUACCUAGUAGCACUAUCUCUUUCAACACAGAUUGUGGCAAUUCCCUGAUAAGGAGAAUGGCGGUAACAAAACCAGAAUUGUUUAUUUAUGAAUAUUUAUAUUCAUUGGUUUCACGAUGUCACAGGAAGAGUUAUUUCAUCACAGGCGCCCAAGUUCACGAUGUAAGGAGUUAUCUUUUUUUACUUUUAUGCAAACAUUCAGCGAAACAUGACAUGGGCCAACAUAUACUAUUACAUAACAACCGAAUUUAAAUGCACAAAAGGUGACUCUCACCUUGCUGCAUAUAGAGGUUUUGUGUUACAACGGUUUCAAUUUAUUAAAUGAAAGAUGAAAACCGCAAGGUUUUAAGAAAUAUUACAUUUACUUAAUUGGGAUUUUCAGGAUGAUUAGUGUACAUCACUAGAUCCAGAGGAAAUUGAUAACACCGUAAUUAUUUUUGAUGCAAGCUCUUUAUAGUUUAAUUCAAAUUUUAUUUUGUUUUAGAUGAGAAAAUUGAGGUAAAAGAGGUCUAAAGAGCAGUCAAAUCUUUAUCAAAUAUAAAGACACCUACUACCUUCCUGGAAAAAGUAGCUGCCUAAGCUAUUACCAGGCAUGCCUUUUUUGUAUUCAAGCAAAAUUUGUAUGAUGCUUUGUGAUGCCAACUUAUUCUUUUUUAUUUGUUACAGAGA